AUGUGGAAUCAACAACAACAACCUCAAAUAAAUGUGGAGAUAAAGAAAGAAGGUGCAGUUGCAGUGGCAAUUGAUAAGGAUAAAGGAAGUCAAUAUGCUCUUAAAUGGGCUAUUGAUAAUGUUCUUAACAAGGGCCAAACUGUUACUUUGCUUCAUGUUAGGCAAAAGCAAUCUACUAAUUCUUCCUUAUCUUCAACCUCAAUUCCCCUCUCUGAUGUGAAUGAAGAUGUUGCCAAAUCUGUUAGGACUUACGCUGAAACUCAAGCUCAUGAGAUUUUCCUCCCUUUUCGUUGCUUCUGCAAUCGUAAAGAUAUAAAAUGUAAUGAGGUUAUAAUCGAAGACAACAACAUUUCGAAAGCUUUGACGGAUUAUUGCCACAUUAAUGUUAUUGACAUUAUGGUAGUAAGUGCUUCAACAAGGAACAAAUUACUCAGCCAGUUGAAGAAAACAAGAGAUAUGAAUGGUCUUGAUGAAACCUUCUUCAACAUUGUCUCUCACAUAGUGACAGUCAAUACCCAAGUGUUUGGUUCUCUCAUGGAACACUGGGUUUUGAGCUAG